GAAAAACAGGCCAGGCCAACCGAGGAGAAACUGCGUUUAGACUUGGUUACUCACUGAUGCGAAUGAUAAACGCGUCUCUAAGCUCAGCUAACGUUACUUCGGAUAAUUGGUUAGAAUCGGCGCUGCUUCCGCCAUUAGGUUGUUAUAGUUGAGGUCGAAAGACGGGAAAGCGGAGAAUAUGUAGAAGUCAUUUGUCUCUUCCUGCCUUCUUCCUCCACUUGCCUCCGAGCGAGGAGAAACAGAAACUGCUUCGGAAACGGAUUGAUCUGACAGCGGCUCCCUCGGUCAGUUCAUCGACGAUGGCGGAUAGCGUUGGGGAGGAGGCCAACGGCUCUGUGGGGACGGCGCAGGGCUACGGGGCGCAGUUCUCCGCGAGUUUGGGUAAUUCCGUACCGGGCCACUCAUCAGCCUCGCUGCCUCCGGCAGACACCGGCCUGGUCGAGCCCUCAGUCCCCGUAAUGGCCGUUCCUCCGUCCCUGCCGACCGGUAUCGUGUCAGGGGUCCCGGCCGGAGCGGGCCUCCUGUCCCAAAUUCACGCCACCUCCUGGGAUCCCACGCUGAGCACCGACUGGGACAACGAGAAGGCGUCUCAGCAGUGCAUUCUGCGGAUAAAGAGAGACAUUAUGUCCAUUUAUAAAGAACCUCCUCCAGGUAUGUUUGUGGUUCCUGAUCCUCAUGACAUGACUAAGAUUCAUGCCCUCAUCACUGGCCCCUUCGACACACCAUAUGAGGGUGGCUUCUUCCUCUUCCUGUUCCGCUGUCCUCCUGACUACCCCAUCCACCCUCCACGUGUCAAACUAAUCACUACCGGGCACAACACUGUUCGUUUCAACCCCAACUUCUACCGCAACGGCAAAGUUUGCCUCAGCAUCCUUGGCACUUGGACUGGUCCAGCGUGGAGUCCCGCCCAGAGCAUCUCCUCUGUUCUCAUCUCCAUACAGUCCCUAAUGACAGAGAACCCUUACCACAAUGAGCCAGGCUUUGAGCAGGAAAGACAUCCAGGUGACAGCAAAAACUAUAACGAGUGUAUCCGCCACGAGACCAUGCGAGUUGCAGUGUGUGAUAUGCUAGAGGGCAAAGUGCCGUGUCCCGAGGCCUUGUGGAGCGUGAUGGAGAAAUCCUUCCUGGAGUACUAUGAUUUCUAUGAGGGGGUCUGCAAAGAACGUCUGCAUCUCCAAGGACAGAACAUGCAGGAUCCUUUUGGGGAGAAGAGAGGUCGUUUUGACUACCAGGGUCUGUUGACCCGUCUCAGAGCCAUCCAGAGGCGAUUGCGGGAAAAGUGCCCGCCAGAGGACAACGAUGGUGAUUCUGACUCAGACACCAGCUCAUCCGGCACCGAUCCGGACAGUCAGGGCAGCUCACAGCCUUAGAGUGCCCUCUAUUGGGGUGCGAAGCGAGCAAGGUUAGACCGUUCCCCUUUACCUGCAGCUGCGGACUCCUCUCAAGCGAGCACAGAUGUAAGGAGUGCUGAAAGUCCUGGCGAUUCUACUGACAGAGGACAGUGUUUCUGUCUCAUCCGAUUAGUUAAUAUUUUCCCUCUUGCUCCUUGUGUGCUGGCCAAUGACUGCCUUUUUGUUUUUCUGUUUGUUUUUUUGUUUUCUUCCCCCUAAUGGAGAAGAGGUUCGGUCCGGAGGGGGAAUGAGGUGUAUAGAUGUAUGUGUACGUGUGUACAUUUGUAAGUGACAAAGAUGUAUACGCCAGCUUCUCAGCAGGUCAUCACCGCCUCAGUCCAUGUUUCUCUGUCCCUUCCUGCAUCCAGCUAACAGAAAAAAAGAAGUCAUACUAAAUCAAAUAAUUAAUGAUGAUGAUAAAAUCACUCCUAAAACAAACCGGUUUACUUGCAAACACACAUUUCACACUUAGUUUUUGUUCCUCUUUCUAAAACAUUUUAUUUCACUCACGAAAUCGAAUUGAGAUACAAAUUCAUAAUGAACUGAGUACCACGCUUUAAGACGGAUGCAACUUAAAAAAAAAAAAAAAAGUGUAUAUAUAAUUGUUCAUAGAGAAGUUUUAUUUUAAUGUUAAACGUUCUUAAAAUGCUAUUGAACUAGUGAAAGCAGCCUGCCGAGCACUUAUGGGAACGGUUGCCUUUUGAGUGUCGUCGACUUAUUGGAAAUACAGUUUCGUUUGGUGAACUUCAGUCUGUCUCUAAUUGUGAAGCUGUCGAGUGUCAAAUGAGACAUCUGUUCUGUUAUUUUUCUGGGAAUAACCUCGAAUUUUCAACAAGCUUGAAAUUUACUUUUGCUCACUUUUCUUGGUUAUUUUACUCGUAAAGCUUAGACCGCAAUUCCACCCCAGCCUCCGCUCAAAGUGUCCCUCGAUACUCGAUACAAAUGUCCUUCUCUUUACCGGGGAUACUGUGGCCACUGGUGUCCUCAUAUGCAACAGGAUGAAGCUGCCUAGUACAGAUUGGGGGAAGAAGAAUGGGAUAAUAUUCAACCGUUACUCGACACCGUGGUUCAUGACUACCUAUGCUCCUAAAUAUUUUGCAAAAAUCUAUUGCAAUCCAUCCCUUUAAAUAGCAGGCAUAUAGUUUUCCACAGCAUGCUAAACACAACCAAACUGGCAGCCUUUAGUAUUUUGUAUACAUGUACAAUUAUAAUGCAUUUUAUUCACGAACAAGCAGAUUACAUAUAGUCUUCUAUUAAGUGAACCACAAAACAACUUUUAAUGAAGUUUCGCAUUCUCCGAUGGGCCCAAGUGCAGUUGUGAGGUUUUGCAUGUGCUAGCAUUUUGAUGCAGUUAAUUUCUCUUAAGCGCGAGAGAAUAUAUUCUGGUCUAGGACAUCAUAUUUUGAUAAGACAACACUGUUAGGUUGCUUGAUUGUUUGUUUUGAAUGAACAAUUUGACUCUUGAGUCUAUGUUUCUCUUCUAGAACGCCCUGCAACAGGAAACAGUUCCCUGACUAUGAGUUUGACUUUGUGAUGUACUAAUGCUUUUCCCUUGUUAGCAAAAUGAGAAUGAAUUAUGUAAAUAAUUAAUGUAUCGAUCAGUUGCAGCUGUAAUAAGAAAAUAUAUAUAAAUCUGAUUCUGAUUA